GGCCUGGCGGGCAGGGCGUCGGGUGGCGUGAGCGUGAAUGACCGGGAUGGAGCCGGUUGAAGUAGCAUGGCUUGCAUGGCACUUGGGCGGAGCUUGGCGAGUCAGUCUUGCGCAGGACACUCGCAGUGGCGCGUGGCGCGAGCGGUUUCGAAUGGACGCGGCGACGCGGCCGGUGUGUCCUCGGACCCCUCGGACGCGAGUGGACGGCGGUGCAUCGGGGAGCCCGAGCCCUAUGCUCCAUCUCUGCUCAUUCUUCCAUUCAACCUGCAGUGCGGUCAGCUUGAUUGGUCCUUCGCGGGGCGCGGCCGUCCUGGCGAAGGCUCUCCAGGAUGCCAGUGCCUGGGACGGCUGGGACGCCACUUGACCAGCACGGUGCCAUGUGUGACCUUGAGCCGCGGACGGCGCCGCGGCCCAUGCGCACCGC